AUGAACUCGACGCCAGAGACCACCGACGGUCCCAUGAUACCAGCUUGGAGCACAGCCAGCUCUCUUCGCGACUCACUCACGUGCGGACUCAGCAGUCUUUUGGUCACACCGGCUGUCGCAUUCUUCGCGAUCACAGCCGACUAUGCGCCGCGGAUUGGAAGGCUUCACGAAAAUACCGACGGAAAGUGGAAGAAGUUGACCGACUUGUGCAAAAUCAGCAGCUCCGUCACCGAAGGGAAGAUCACUCACCAUAUGUUCAGUCAAGUGGACAAUAUUUUUCAUACCCGCCUGAAGCGCCCAGUCGUGUGCCAUUAUUCUGUCCCGAGCAUGCUGGCCAUGGAACCACACAUGAACGAGGUUGUCGAAACAUUCUGCGACCACCUUCAGAAACGCUUCGUCUACCCCGGAACACUAUGCGACCUUGACGAGUGGCAGGCAUACUGUAAGAUGCGACGGAUGCCCUGGCUCGAUCAUUGUCUUGACAAGAACCUGUUCUACGCAUUGGGGCCGCCCAUCAUUUCUUACGUGACAAAAAUCGCCAUUGAGGCUUUGACGGCCCGGCUCCCAGGAGAGCACGCAGCAUGCACCAAUGAAAACCCAGACUUUCUACAAUACUUCAUCGAAUCCAAGACAUCACAUCCUGAGAUUGUAGACGAAUCUACAAUCAUUGGGCAUCUCCUGCUGAACCACCAGCGUGUAUGGAAGCGGUUAGAGUCCAUCAUUCGGGAGCAUGUCUCUCCAAACACAACGUGCUCCCAUGCAACGGCCCGCGCCCUCCCCUACCUCGAGGCCACAGUUCGCGAGACACUCCGCUGUCAUCCUGCCGUGUCAAUGGGCCUGAAGAGAAUUGUUCCAGAGGGCGGCCUGGUCCUUCCAUAUGGCACCGUCGUUCCAGCAGGAACUUUUGUCGGCAUUAAUAUUUACAUUGUGGGACGCAACAAGGGAAUUUUUGGUGCCGAUGCCGAUGAAUUUCGCCCAGAUCGCUGGCUUCAGGGCGAAAACGAGUGGAGAGGUUUACAAGGAAAGGAUGCAGCUCUGGAACGCGGCGAACUUGGCCUUUGGUCAGGACUCCCGUAUCUGCCUAGGAUGACAUCUCAGCCUCAUGGAGGUGCACAAAGUCGUGCCCUCUGUCAUUUUGAGGUUUGA